UUUUAAUAGUGCUGAACAGCUGUAAUGCAUGACCCCGUGUUAGUUAAUUUACUGAAUCCACGAUAAGAUGAAUCUAGAAAUAGGUGUAGUACGGACAUAGACCAUUCCAUCACCGGAUAAUAUGUUUAAAGAUUGAAAUUCCUAGCCAGCGUUCCGAGGGUUGCACUAGUGGACGACUUUCCAGCGAUGGAGAUUUUAGGCUUGGUCAACAUUAACACCUGGAUACUGACGGCCACCCUGGUGUGUGUUUGCGUUUACCUAUAUACUCGAUGGAAGCACAGUUUAUUCCAAAACUAUGGAAUUCCUGGUCCCACCCCCACCCCAUUCUUUGGCGUGGCCCUCCAGUAUAAUCGAAAGGGCUUAGCUGUGACAAACCAGGAAAUGGCGAAGAAAUACGGCAAUGUUGUUGGAAUAUUCAUGGGUCUCCGCCCUUUGAUUCUGGUAUCGAAUCCAGAUAGCAUAAAAGAAAUAAUGAUAAAGGACUUUUCCCGCACUCCCAACAGACCAAAGACAUUAUUCAACGUAAGAAAUGAGAUGAAACAUAGUCUCAUCAACACCGAUGAUGACCAUUGGCGAUUUCUAAGGAACACUUUGCUUCCGACAUUUUCAUCGGGCUAGUUGAGAACGAUGGAGCCAUUAUUUAAAGCAAAAAGUGAACAAUUACUGAGGAAUCUGAACAGACAAGUAAAAACUGGAAAACCAAUAGAGUUCAAAGAAGUGUUUGGUGCCUAUACAAUGGAUGUGAUAGCCUCCACUGGAUUCGGUGUUGACAUAGAUUCCCAACAGAACCCAGAGAACGAAUUUGUCAAGAAUGCUAAAAUAUUCUUCAAUAUUACAUUCACUCCAAUUCUAAUAUUGAUUUUAAUCUUUCCGAAAUUUGAUGUCAUACUGGACUGGUUUGGAAAAUCUCCUUUGAAUCGUGUUGGAUCUAUGGCCUUUUUCAGAAAUGUUGCCAAACAAGCUAUUAGAUUUAGAAAGGAUGAAGAAGAGAAACGUAAAGACCUCCUGCAGAUGAUGUUGAAUGCCCACCAUGACACUGACGUUAACGAUGAUGAAGCAGAGCAAAGCUACAAGGGUGAUGCUGACAAAUGGAAGAAAAGAGGAUUAUCCAUGGACGAGGUUCUGGGGAAUGCUAUUCUGUUUAUGCUGGUGGGAUAUGAUACCACGUCAAAUGCUCUCACUUUCGCUUCAUAUCUUCUGGCAACUAAUCCGGAAUGUCAGGAAAAACUCAUCGAAGAAAUUGACACCGUGCUUGGCAAGGAAUGUCCAAACUAUGACAAUGUACAGAAACUUGAGUACCUGGAACGAGUAUUUUGUGAGUCUUUAAGACUUUAUCUAUCUUCAGCCAGGACAAACAGACUGGCAGAGUCCGACAUUGAUAUUGAAGGUUACACAAUCCCUAAAGAAACCGAUAUCUCAUUUCCGAUCUACAGCAUUCACAGAGACCCUAAACACUGGGAAACCCCCACUAAAUUCGACCCAGAUAGGUUUUCCCCUGAAAACAAGGAAAGGAGACAUCCAUACGCUUAUCUUCCAUUUGGACACGGACCGCGCAGCUGCAUAGGCAUGCGCCUCGCUCAGGUGGAGAUGAAGUUCGCCAUUUCUUUUAUUCUGCAGCACUACAGAUUCAAAACAUGUGAAGAAACAGAGAUUCCACUCACUAUCUCUAAAGGCGGACUGUUGAAGCCAGAAAAUGGAGUUAAGCUUCUGUUGGAAGCGAGAUAUUAAAUCAUUGACACCUGUCAAGUUGUUUCUGGUGCCUGUUCUUGCAAAUUAAAUCCAUCAUUUUAUGUACACUGUAUAUAUAACUACUCUAAAGCUGAAAUAAAAAAUAUGCUUGCGUU